AUGUCUCAACAAAACCAGAACCAUCACGCUAACCAGAUCUUCUCACGUGCACCCAUAUACGAAACCAUCUUAUCUGAACUCUCCCCGCGCCAGCUGAUCAGGACCUCCUGGGCUUGUCAGACAGCCCAUGACGCGGUCCAGGCGUUCAUACACCACGAAUACGAUGUCAAUCGUCAUCUCUCUCGGUACUUCUCCGAUCCCCUAGCUUUCCGUUCUUUGCAGGCUCGCACGGGCACCCUUAUCUCCGGGUCGAACGCGCUCCAGUUCUUGGACAGAUCUCUCUACCCCGAGGCUGAUUUAGACGUGUAUACCCACUCCGGACAUACCCUCGAGGUUCUAGACUGGCUGACUGAGAAAGCCGGUUAUCGGUUCGCGCCUCCCGAGGACCGUCCAACAAGCUCGUUCCAUGAUAUCGCGGGUUGGAGCCCGGCGCACCGGUUCACGUCCCAGACCUCGAAGCCGUCUGGUGACUACGGCGGCGUAAAGCUGAGGGGCCUCGCCCAUGUCUUUCACUACAUCAAAGAUUCGAAGGAUGGUGGCGAGCCACUCAGAAUACAGGUGAUGGAAAGCGAGGUGAACCCGCUUGGUACCGUUCUCUUCUUCCAUUCUACCUGCGUGAUGAAUAUCAUCGCGUUUGACUGCGCAUACUCUCUUUAUCCCGUGGCAACAUAUGAGGAACGCAAGUCGUUGCUGACGAUCGACCAGGGCGUGGUAGGCCCAGUAGAGAAAUACACAGAACGGGGUUGGGAGUUCUGUAAGACGGACGUCGAGGACGCCAAAGACAUCGGCAGCAAACCUUCCCUGUGGUACCCGGGAGUCGAGCGUUCGGUCCAGGACAGAUAUACGUGGAGAGUCCCCCUGGACGUGACCGGCGUUGCGCAGCGCUCUCCACCCUCCGUCUCCUCAAAAGCUGUUCCGUGGGAUCCAAUGGUUUCUAAUACCUGGAAGAUGAUAUAUGUCAAGUUCUUCGGGCGUCUCGCCAUGGGCGUCUCAUGCGUCAUGGUCAAGUCCAUCACGUUCCGCUACGACUACUUCCUAUCCGACGAAACGCUGGUCAAGGCCAUGGUUGAUUCCGGGUACGUGGUACAGCCCGAUCGACAGAGUGUUGCGAGUCGCUUUGUCAAACUGGCUCGCAUGGAUGAAUGGCCCUGGUUGGACGGAGAGCUACCUAGGUAUUGCAAACAGGCAAAAGAAGAACUGGAGAGGCAGAAGUUUAUUGGUUCGCGGGGUGUACGCAGGCUAGAUGAAGACGUUCCUCGAGUCUCCCCACUCCCGAAUUACUUCUCGUUUCCUGAGUCUCCCUGAUUAAAAUCUUUGUACG